AUGCGCCAAGAGGUGCCAGACCCCAGCUCGCCCUUCAGCGACGCAUCCGAUCUCGACGACCUCAUCAGCUACGAGUCCGAAGACCUCCAGGACUACCCCUCCGACUCUGACCUCCCCUCCUACACAACAGAUAUCGACCAUCACCACGACGACGACGACUACGAUGACCACGACUCUGACCUUGUCUUAUCCUCCUUCUCCUCGCCAAGACACGACGACAAUGAGUCAACAGCAACAGCAAGCACGGUCCAAGUCGCAGCAGAAGAUUCCGCUCUUCUUGCCCUCGCUUCACUCCAGCUCGAACAAGGUCCCUUCCUUGUUCUUCCCGACCAGUCGCGCUCACUCGCCUUGGCAGAGGAUUUGACGACCCCUGAUUCUGAACCGACGCAGCAGCAGGAAGUUCGAAGUGUCCAAAGUGCAUCCGAUGUCAAUGGAAACAACAAUAACAACAACCAUCAAGCACAGGAUGGUAAGGACGACAGGAGCGAUGGAGGCGAACAUGAUUUCUUACUUGUCGACGAAAGAGACGCUAUCACUGAGGUAUUAGUUAUCGCCCCUCCGUCAGACUCGACCCAUCCUCAGCAACAACAGCUGGACCAGCGUGGACCAGAGUCAAUCUCUCAGACUUUGAACGAAAACGCGGCUUCUCUUGACACUGCACCCAAUGUUGUACCAUGCCAAGAGUCGCGCAGCACGGACCUACCAGCGGGACAACAGUCGACCACAAGAACUGUCCAACUCCAUGCUGAUGUACCAGCAAGUGAGGAGGGUUUGUCUUUGUCAACACCGCCCUCUGCAUCUGCUCCCGUCUCCCAGCUCUUCGUUGCGACCACUCGUGUUCACCAGCCUCAUACAGAAGUAGUGGUUCCUCACCUUGCAACCCUCGACUCCACCGAGUCCACUGGAGGCCAUCGCAGCCUCCGGAUCAAGAUCACCGGACGAGACUUGACUGACGACGCAUUGACCCGGAUCCAAGAAAAGAUCACCACCAACUUUAUUCUGCAGCACAAACACCAACAUGAAUCCGGUAUUCCCAGACCAUGCUUUGUGACCAAGUCGGCAGAAUCUGCUGCUACAGAGGUUGCUCAAAACGAGAGCACAGAUCUGUGUGUCUAUGUCCUGCCAACCUCUGGACCAACUCGACACGACGCUCAGAACUUACUCCAGUUCGCUCAGGCCCUCAUCCCUCUCCUUAUCCUCGUGUCGCCAGAGGAGAACCUCGACCCAUUCACCGCGAUCGAUCUCCGUCAACAACUCGCUACCCACCUUCGUCAACCCAGAUCAGGACGGAUUGCCUCUGCAGUUGACCAGCAGGUCUACGUCAUCUUGCAAUCUUGCUUUACCAUGCAGGACCUCCUCAGCAUCCAUAUCCAGCGCCUCGUCGACGGAAGCACUCCUGUCCAAGCAUCAGUGUUUGAUUCAGUCUGCAAAAAGUGGCGUAUUGUCAAGGAGUUCAUGAGCCAAGGACUAUAUGUGGGUCUGGUCUGGGGGGCAAAGCUGCAGGACCACCUUACAACAGGUGUGGGCGUGUUCUUUGUGGCGUUGACAGUCGUGUUGGCGAUUGUGGUGGGCGUCAACAUGGGCUCUGGCACUUUCUCGCAGCCAUCGCACGCCAUUAUCCGACAUAUCGACUAUGUCCAGAACGGUCGCAUGGGAGUCGCCCACGUCGACUUUUUGACUGCCAAGAGUACUCCGUACAAGGGCAAACAUAGACAUCCUUUCCAUGUCCGGAUCCUUGGGGAUGACAAGGCGUGGUCGGUUCGAGGAGCCCCUACCGAGAGCACUCCUGAUGUCGGAGACCCGAUUGUUCAAGAUCUCGGCAAUGGAACCUUCAAGAUCUAUGUCGCUCUUGUUCGAAAACACCAUCCUCGAGGUCCCGCCCCUGCGGAUGUUCCCUUGUCGUCCUGGCUUUGCCGUACCAAGACACAGCACUUUAUGCAUAUCUGGUUUGCGAACGGCACACGCGUGCCUCUGACGCCCCGAGAGCUUGUCUGGCCCAAGCGAGCCGUCGUCCCACCCACCGAUCGUGUUCUGACACGCACUCCUUCCGAUAGACUCGGCGACUUUGAAGACGACGAGGAUGAGGAUGCGAACCAGACGUGGAAGGAUCAACUCCAGCAACUCUCGUCGCCCAUGGUCAAGCAUCUCUCGAAAAACACGGUCGAGUGGAUGAACCAGCAGUGGGGGCUACUUCAACCAGUCCUCUGCGACGUUCACGAUAUGACCAACAGCGCCCUAUCCUACACUUUUCAUUCGGCCAAGCGACUUUUCUUUCUGUUCUCGUCGUGGGUGGAUCAGCUUUUCGGCAGGCAGGAAUAUUCGGCGACACACAGUUGGGACAUCUUGACGAGAGCUCACCAGGGCGCGCAUCAAUUGAAGGAUCGGUUCCUUGAGCGAUGCUCCUCCAAGGGCAAGCAGCGACACGGCAAGGGGAGCAUGGAACAAAAGGACCCGAUUGUCCUCUUGGAUGAAAAAUUCCAGUCCCUCAAGCGAUCCAGCCAAGCGGCCGCCGAGGCAGUCAAACUCCCAACAGCCGAGACGGUCCUCCAAAAGAUGGACGACCUCAUAGUCGGAGUCGAGGACCAAGUCGAGAAGCUCUUCAAUUCCAAGCGGGUCCAAGCCAUGGCAGAACGCAUUAACGCCGAAGAGAUCCUGAAACGAGCCGACAAGAUCAUGGCGGAUGCCGAAGACCGAAUGGAGAAGGUGUGGAGGACUGAGAAGGUCCGGGAUGCGCACUCGAAGAUGACCAAGAAGGUCGAGGAGGUACUUCAGACACAGUUUGCGCAGGAUGUUAACAAAAGGGUAGCGGGGGUGAUCAAGUCGAAAGCGGUCCAGGAUGCGAGUGAGAGGAUCCAGCGAAAGGUCGAGAAACUGGCGGCUACACCUGCGGGCAUGAAGUGGAUUCAUCGGAUGGAAGCUCAUCAUUGGCGGCGGAAGGAGAAGGAGGCUAAGAGGCCUUUGGGGUGGCUCCGCAAGCGAUGCCAGCGUGCCUUCAACCGUUGA